CCCAGCAAGUUGGUUUUUUUUGGUCUUUGUUUUUUUUUUUUUUUGUCUUGAUCUGGAGAGAUGGAGGUCUCCAAGUGGGAGGACGAGGAUGGAGAUUUUCCUGCUUUGGACAGUAUUUUAAGUGAAGAUCAUGAUCAGGACGAAUUCUACCGGGAAUUGUACGACCCUGAAUUUGAAGAAGGGGAAAAUGAGGGAAAGGAUUCAAAAGGACAAGGGGACCAAACGGAAAGUGCUGAAAGCCAGAGUCAAAUAUCUUCUGAACAUUCAAGACAAUUGACUUCCAAGCUACCCCAGUUCCCUCUUCGCUGGGAGCCACGUGAAAGUGAAGGUGAAAAGACUUCAGUCAGGGAAAGGGAUCCACGAAGCAGGACCGAGUCUUCCGCAGCAGAAGGUUCCCCGAGAAUCAGGCAGGGCAGCAGAUGCAACCUUUCUUCCACAGAGGAAGCAAGCUCUGAAGAAUAUGACCCUGAGACAGGCAGCGGGGACUCUACGGAAGAGCACGAGGAGCAGGGAGACUGCGGAAGGACGGAGGCGGAAGGAAUGGAAGGAGAGGAAGAGUGGCAUGCUGAAGGAAUGGAAGGAGAGGAAGGGUGGCAUGCUGAAGGAAUGGAAGGAGAGGAGGAGUGGCACGCUGAAGGAAAAGAAGAAGACCACAGAGGGGAGGAAGAUGAGCAAGAGGAGAGAGAGCAGGCAGAGAGAAGCAACUCUGAUACCGAAGGAGGUGCAGCCAGCCACUCUUCUUCGGAGACUGCACUUUUCACAGAAGGGCCAGUCACAUCUGGUUCUGCCACAGAUGGGUCGGAUGUGAAAAACCAGGGGAGGAGCAGAGCCAGAGGCAUCGCUUCAAUUGUUCUUCGUAGAAGCCCAAGUUGUGUGCCAGAAGCAUUGGCACGUUCGGAAAAGCAGCGCAAAAGAAAAUCAUCAUCUUCUGUUGAUGCGCUUGAAAAGGAGCAAACCAGGAGCCUGAAAUAUAUUCUCCGGGACGCAAGAUUCUUCCUCAUGAGGAGUAGCAGCCACGAAAACAUCUCUCUUGCCAAAGCCAGGGCUAUAUGGUCAGCAGCUCCAGCCACGGAAAGACAAUUGAAUGCUGCCUUCAGAUCUGUAAGAAAUGUCAUCUUGAUAUUUUCUGUGAGUGGAAGCAGAGCAUUUCAAGGCUUCGCGAGACUCUCUUCGGAAUCUCGCCACGGAGGAUCGCCCAUACACUGGGUUCCGCCUGAAGGAAUGAGUCCCAGAAGGCUGGCAGGGGUCUUUCAAAUUGACUGGCUUUGCAGGCAUGAAUUGCCCUUCAGCAGGUCUUUUCACCUUACCAAUGCUUUGAAUGAACACAAGCCGGUUAGAAUUGGACGUGAUGGACAGGAAGUGGACCUGGAAUGCGGGACCCAGCUCUGUCUUCUCUUUCCCCGGGAUGAGAGGGUUGACUUGUUUCCGGUCAUGGAGAAAAUGCAUCGCAAGAGA